UCCUUUCAAUGCCAACCGUUUUUUAAAGGAUUUUCUUACUAUACAAUCUUGUUUUAGACUGUUUGGUCCCUUAGAAACUCAAGUCCUUCCUGGCCCCCUCCUAGAUUAAUCCUACCCACACCACCCUUGUUUCUGCCGGCGGUGAAACCAAAACAUACACCUCCACUUCACCGGCACCAGCACCGGUAUUGGCGUUGGCAUUGGCAUCCCUUCCUUGUUGCCACAAAAGAAUGGAUGAUGCAGAGUUAAGGAGGGUUUUUAAAAUGUUUGACAAGAAUGGAGAUGGGAGGAUUACAAAAGAAGAGUUGAAUGAUUCAUUGAAGAACAUGGGUAUUUUUAUCCCUGAUGAAGAGUUAACCCAAAUGAUCGAAAAGAUCGAUGUCAAUGGCGAUAAUUGUGUUGAUAUUGAUGAGUUUGGUGAGUUGUAUCAAUCUCUCAUUGAUGAUAAGGAUGAAGAGGAAGACAUGAAAGAGGCCUUCAAUGUUUUUGAUCAAAAUGGAGAUGGUUACAUUUCUGUUGAUGAGUUGAGGUCUGUUUUGAUUUCACUUGGUCUUAAACAAGGGAAAACCAUUGAAGAUUGCAAGAAGAUGAUAAUGAAAGUCGAUGUGGAUGGUGAUGGUAGGGUUAAUUUUAAAGAAUUCAAGCAAAUGAUGAAGGGAGGUGGUUUUGGUGCUUUAACUUAACUUGCAAGGCAAGUUUCUCUUAAAAGUUUGUAGAUAUUCUUAUAUGUGUGUGCAUGCGCACAUCAUGUAAGGUUACAGCGGAUGAAUUGCUGGCCCUGUUACGGCACCAAAAUCACUAACUUGAUUAAAGGAGGGAGGAAAGAGGGUGCAAUGGGGAGGUGAGAAAAUU